UGCGGCUUCCGGCCAGCUCAGUAUAGUCGGGCGGGUAGGAUUCUGAACUUGUAGGUAUUGAUCGUCCAAGAAGAUGGUACUUUUAACGAUGAUUGCGCGGGUGGCUGAUGGGCUUCCUUUAGCGGCUUCUAUGCAGGAGGAUGAACAGUCGGGGCGAGAUUUGCAGCAGUAUCAGAGCCAGGCCAAGCAAUUGUUUCGGAAGCUCAAUGAACAGUCUCCUACCAGAUGCACAUUAGAAGCUGGACCAAUGACUUUUCAUUACAUUAUUGAAAAAGGAGUUUGUUAUCUGAUACUAUGUGAAGCUGCUUUCCCUAAAAAAAUGGCUUUUGCAUACCUGGAAGAUUUGCACUCAGAAUUUGAUGAACAACAUGGAAAAAAGGUGCCAAUGGUGUCCAGACCCUAUUCUUUCAUUGAGUUUGAUACUUAUAUCCAGAAAACCAAGAAGGUAUAUAUAGAUAGCCGUGCAAGAAGAAAUCUUGGGUCUAUUAAUACAGAGUUACAAGAUGUACAAAGAAUCAUGGUAGCCAACAUUGAAGAAGUCUUACAACGAGGUGAAACUCUUUCAGCAUUGGAUUCCAAGGCAAACAAUCUGUCCAGUUUGUCCAAGAAAUACCGCCAGGAUGCGAAAUAUCUGAACAUGCGUUCCACCUAUGCCAAGCUUGCUGCUAUUGCUGUGUUUUUUAUUAUGCUGAUUGUUUAUGUGCGGUUCUGGUGGCUGUAAGAGAUUAAUAGACCCCCCAAGAGGGAUAUUUAAUAAUAGUAAGCAUAUCACUGUUAAGUAGCUAAUAUCAGAGGAUGUAUAUUAGAAUCUGCCUAGACAUUUCCUUAUAAUUGCUGCUAUUUCCAAAUGUCAGAACUUGAUGAGACUAAUGAUUUUCUUUUGUAGCAGUUAAUUGCUUGGAAGACAAAACAUUUUUCCAGCUGACAAAUAGGAGUAGCCUCAUUUGAUCCACCUACUAUUCAACACUACUGUUAACAGACAAACAAAAAUAAGUGCAGCCCUGGUAGGGGAUUCUAAUGGGUAUUCCUUGUUAAUUGUAGAGAAAUUCCUGUUUCAAGAGUG